AGGAGCUGGUCGCGUCUGGAUGACGUCAUCGCGCCGAUGUUGUGAUGUCCGGGGUUGACUGGUGCUAAUCAUGGGGACAAGCAAUGAUUCGGAUGUGAAGGGCCAGAGCGGCGGAGAGGAGGAUGGGGACCCCGGUGACCGGACAUCCCCGAGCCCUUGGAAUAUCAUGAUUAAGCAUCGACAAGUGCAACGUAGGGGGCGCCGUGCUCAUGUUGCAGUCAGUUACACCGAGCCAGCCGUCUCCAUGGACCUGCUGCGCGCCGUUCUACAGCCGAGCAUCAAUGAGGAAAUUCAAGGAGUUUUUGAUAAAUAUAUGAAGUUCUUUCAGAAAGCUGCCAUUAAUGUGAGAGAGAAUGUGGGGGAUCAAGUGGACCCCGAGCAACUGAUCCGAGAGACUUGUCGCAGCUGCCUGGAGCAGGCAAAGGUCCUCUUUACAGACCGAGACAAAGCAGUAAUGAAGCCGAUGUUAGAGGGCCCAGCCAUGAAGAGAACAAGAAUAGCAGAAGAUGAGUCAUCUCUGCGGAGGAGUCCAGUGCCCAAAAAGAGAAAGGGGCGCCCCCCGGGACAAAGCUCAUUGAAUGACCGGCAUUCCUCAGGACUUACAUCUCUAAAACCCAAGACUGGCGAUCCUAUCAGGCGUGAAGGGCCUAAGUGGGAUCCAGCCAGACUGAAUGAGACAACCAACUUUGUGCUGGGAUCACGAGCUAAUAAGGCUUUAGGAAUGGGAGGGACCAGGGGACGGAUUUAUCUCAAACACCCAGAGCUGUUUAAGUAUACAGUCGAUCCACAGGACAAGCAGUGGUUGACGGAGAAACAGUACAUGAGAGCCACAGGUGGUAAAAUGGUUUAUCUCCUUUUGGAAGAAGAUAUCCUUGAUUUGUCAGUUACAGAUGAGUACAGAGACUGCAAGGAGCUGUGGUUGGAUGAGCUGAAGCCAUUUACUGUACCUCCAUGGGUGACUGAGAAGAUGAGAAAGUACAUGGAGCAUAUGAGGACCGAGCAGGAGUAGCUGACUCUCUUCCCCCGAUCUAUAGGUGCUUAGGAUGCAGCCUCGUCACAUGACAUGUCAACCGCAUAAUAAAACAUGGCUGACCAAUGAGGAACAAAACCUAGCAUUAUCCUGUUUUAUGCUGGUCAUCAAUAUCAGAUCAGUGGGGGUCCGACUCCCGGCACCCCUGCUGAUCAGCUGACUAGGCAAUGGCGCUCCAGUGAGUGCUGCCUCACCUUCAACGGUCAGGUGGCUUAUGUUCAGCUCAGUCCCAGUCAAGUGAAUGAGGCUGAGCUGCAAUACCAGCCACUAGUCAAUAUACAGCGCUGUGCUUGGUAAGCUCUGAGGAGGCCGCAUCGCUUUCUGGAGCGCAGCAGCCUUUUCAAACAGCUGAUUGGCAGCAGUGCUGGGAGUCAGACCUCCAAAGAGAAGAUAUUGAUGACCUUUCCUGAGGUUAGAUCAAUAUAGUACUCCCAGAAAACCCUGUUGACGUCACCUUCCUGUUAUCCGUUUGACUCUGCCGGAAAAUCCUCUAUUCCAUCCUUUUUUUUAUUUUUAUUUUUUAUACCAGCCUGACAAAAACCAAAAGGAUGCUAAGGCCCCAUGCACACAAUUGUGGAUCCGCUAAAUACAGAUGCCAUUCGUGUGCUGUCUGCAUUUGUGGCGGAUCCAUUGAUCUCAGUGGGUCCGCGGUCCGCAUUUUGCAGACAUAGUCUAUCUUUUUGCGGAACAGACAUACAGAUGUCAAAAAACACACGGAUGGUCUGUGUCUGUUGUGCGAAAAGAUAGAACAUGCCCUAUAUUGGGCUGUAGAAUGCAGGCCACAGACCCAUUACAGUCAGUGGGUCCGCAAAAAAUGCGGGUGCAACACGGACAGUAUCCAUAGUUUGCGGAUCCGCAAAAUACAUACGGUUGUGUACAUGAGGCCUAAUGGAGCCUUAUGAAUAUGCUUAGUGUAUAUGCCAGAAGCUUAAUUUUGUGUAUAAAGAAUGAUGGUUUGAACCUUUUUUGAUCAGCGCUGUAGGCAGGAAACUUAAUACCAGUUGGUUCUUGGUAAAGGGAAAGCUUUUAUUAUUAUGUCAACGCGUUUCAAGAGCGCACAGAAGCUUAAUUUUGACAUACUUGCUAAAUGUACAUCACAAACAUUAAAUGUAGUGACCUCUACGCUAUCUAGCAAGUUCUUCAGAUUUCCACUGUCCCCAUACAUUGUAAUAAAUGCACCCCUUCAUGUUA